UUGGGUGUCGCGGGAGAGAGUGAGAAGAUGGCGGCUGCGGUGGAGAAGAUCCUUGGGGAGCAGUAUUACAGAGAUGCCAUGGAACAGUGCCACAAUUACAAUGCUCGCUUAUGUGCAGAGCGCAGUGUUCGCAUGCCCUUCCUGGACUCACAGACUGGAGUUGCUCAGAGCAACUGUUACAUUUGGAUGGAGAAACGGCAUCGAGGUCCAGGUACUGCACCAGGGCAACUUUACACCUACCCUUCUCGACGCUGGCGUAAAAAGAGGAGAGCGCACCCUCCUGAGGAUCCCAGGCUCUCGUUUCCUUCUCUCAAACCUGAUCCAGAACAGAUCCUGAAAAAGGAAGGUCUAAUACCACAGGACGGUAGCAGCUUAGAGGCUUUGCUUCGAUCAGACACCAUUGAGAAGAGAGUUGUGCCGGACCCUCGUGAUGAUGACAGCCUUACUGAAUUCCCUCCUGUUGCCAGCCGCGCACGGAAGCGCAUUCUGGAACCUGAUGACUUCUUGGAUGACCUGGACGAUGAAGAUUAUGAAGAAGAUACGCCAAAAAGACGUGGAAAAGGCAAAGCAAAGGGAAAAGGUAUAGGCAGUGCCAGGAAAAAGUUGGAUGCAGCUGCUUUGGACGACAGAGAUAAACCAUACGCUUGUGACAACAGUUACAAACCAAAGCAAACCUCGAAAUUCUCCGAAAGAGUCUGUGGAAAACGCUACAAAAAUCGCCCUGGUCUGAGCUAUCACUAUGCACACUCCCAUUUGGCGGACGAGGAGGGAGCUGGAGCAGAGGAUAAGGAAGAUUCACAGCCACCCACUCCCAUCAUGCAUAGGCCAGAGGAGCAAAAAUCUAAGAAGGGCCCGGAUGGCCUUGCUUUGCCUAACAACUAUUGUGACUUCUGUCUUGGAGAUUCCAAGAUCAACAAGAAGACCAAUCAAGCGGAGGAGCUGGUGUCCUGCUCAGACUGCGGCCGUUCGGGACACCCCUCCUGUUUGCAGUUCACACCGGUGAUGAUGGCUGCAGUGAAGACGUACCGUUGGCAGUGCAUCGAGUGCAAGUGUUGUAACAUUUGUGGGACCUCUGAAAACGAUGAUCAGUUGCUGUUCUGUGAUGACUGUGACCGUGGAUAUCAUAUGUACUGUCUUUCUCCUCCAAUGGCUGAGCCUCCUGAAGGGAGUUGGAGUUGUCAUCUCUGUCUGGAUCUUUUGAAGGACAAAGCUUCUAUUUACCAGAAUCAGAACUCCUGAUGGGUGCCUGCAUUCCUGCCGAUGGUGAGGGAUGGAUCGAGGACGUAGUAGCACCGCACAGCCUGUAGAAAAUAAAUAUUUAGGAAAUGGAAAAGAAGUUUCCAAUGGAGCAAUCUCACUUCUCAUGAUGUACCAGUUGAUAUGUAAAUGUAUGUGUAUACCAACUUAUGAAUUUGCACAUGCAUACACACACACACACACACACACACACGUGUGAAUGGUCCCAUCAUUACAUCACUAUACAUCUCACAUCAACUCUUAUGAGAAUAUGCAUUAAGUUUUCUUAAAUAGCCAUUAGUGAGAUUUCAGGUUUGUUUAGACCCCGUAUCUAAACCUGAUGUAAGGAAUUACUGUGUCGUCAAAUAUAGUCUUGAAAGGUCAGUCGAAGGAGAAUAGUGAUGGCUAAACUUGGCAUCCCAAAUGGUUGUGAAGUCAAUUUCCCAGAAUGCUCAGCCAUCCUCCAACCCUUCAAGGCUGACUGAGCAGCAAGAAAUAUAUCUAGUUUGCAAACAUCUGGGCUACCAAGCUUCGCCAUCUCUGAGACAGAAUGUUCUAUGACAGCGUGUUCUCUUUCUGAGACCUGUUAUUUUGCUCCAGUAAAUAGUGGUCUGCAGCAUAUUUCUAAUAAAUCCUUAAGACUUAUGGAUAUGUCACAAAAAUAUAUCCAUUAGGGAGACUCCUAGAAAAGCAUGAUAAUUACUCGUGACAAUGUUGUGUUUUGAUUUUUGCCAAUGUGGAUCAGAUUAUAACUGCUCACUAGUAGGAAUUGUGCAAGAGGAAAGACGAGAUUUAAUAAAUUGCGAAAAUGAUCCUAUAAAAUAGAUAAUUCCAGUUUCCUGUUUAUUUCACAUUUCUAAAUGGAUAGUCUAUAUCGACACAUUAACGUUCUAAAUUAGUGUUUUAAUGUAUUUGCUAAUGAGGGGAAAAAGGUGGCAAAAGGUACACUUCUUUAUACUUACAAAUUAUGUGUCAAUAUAAACCCAAUUGGAAUAUUUGUGUGCAGUUAUCUCAUUGGCGUCAAAACACUCCAGAAUUCACACUCACAAAAAAAAAAUCAAACAUCUGACUCAUCCACAACAUGCUGCUGUUUGAAGCCUAAAAACUCUGCUAGUUAUGUCAUUCAGCAGUAAAAUAUCCUUUAUUUUAUUUUUUUACUAAACCUUUUUAUGUAAGUAAAUUUGCUUUGAAAAUGUCAGCAUUCAUUUCCCCCCCAACAUUUUUAGUAGCUAAUUUUGGGAUGUGUUUGAGUGAUACUUAACCCUUUUAAGACGAAUGAUAUAUAUACCAUAAACGAAAUGUCUCACAAAUUAACGAAUGCAGGUCAAAUGCAAAAUAAGAACAUUUCAUGGAUUGGGUAUUUCAAGACCACUAUGCAAUUCUUAAAGGUUAAAGGGGAACAUCCCAUUAAAUAUUAUGUUUACUUAGUCCCC